AUGUCUUUAAGUGAAAAAAACUGCAAUAAACUACCCCAAAAAAUAAUUUUAAGUGUUUUAAGCGAACUCCUUGACCAACUAGCCAUUUUACGUCACAUAAAUGGUUGGGAUCUAAAUGACCAAACUAUCGUAGAAUACAAAACAAUAGAAGAACAAUGCAACACUAUAAAAAAUGAUGAUAUUUUACAGCAGUCCAAAGAUGUUGUGGAUCUUGUAGAUUUCCGUAGAGACUGUGCGUUUAUCGAGUCUACCGUUCAAAAGGCUUUUAAUGAAAUUAGUGACAAAGGCACCUUUGAAGAGCUGGCAAAACUGGCAGAAAUUGUUGAGAAGCUGCAAAAGGAGGAGGAGGAGAUUUUGGAGGAUACAAGAAGAAAAGAGGAGGAGUUUGCUAAUAUGCAAAAUAUGUAUUAUAGGGAGAAGUUAGAAUUUAGAAAAAAGAUUGAUAAGAUUAUGGUGCAAAUUGGAAAUUUGAAGGAUGAGAUUGAGGACUUUGAACAAGAAUCCGACAUAAAACAAAGAUACCUUACAAACUGGCACCAUUCAAAAAUUGAAAUGGACAACUACAUUUUGACUAAAAGAGAGAAACAGCUUCAGGACGCGAUAGAAGAAAAGCAUCAUGAUUUUACCAAAGAAGAUCGAGUUCAUUUAGAGAUAAAUAAUAUUUUUAGUGAAAUUGAUGUGGACUACCAAAAGCAGCUAAAGAAGUGGAAGCAAAGAUACGAACACGACCAUGAAGCUAUAAGUAACAAAAUUAAAAAUUUACAAGUUCAGAGGGAUGAACAGCAGGAAAAAACUGCUCAGAUGGUUAAAAAGUACAUCGAGCGUCAAGAACAAAUCGACUCCUAUAAAGAAUAUAAAAAAGAGCAAGAAAAACUACGGAAAGAGAAAGAGAAGAAGGAUAAAGCUGCCACCAAAAUUCAGGCGUGGUGGAGAGGCGAGAUGGUGAGAAAAGGACUAGGAAAAUAUAAGAAGAGGAAAGAUAAAAAAGGAAAAAAGAAAACUGAAGAAAAGAAAAAAUAA